UGUGGAAGAGUAUCAAGGAUCAUUCGAGGGACUGGCAGUGGUGUGCGAUACUCCUCUGAUAGGGCAGCCCAAUUUACCAUCUGACAACAAGUCGUCUCCUAGUCAAGGUAUUCCAUAUUACCUUGGUGUUGUUAGACUUCCAUCCCCCACAGAUCUGAAUCCGCUGCGCUCAUACUCUCCCCUCCUCUCCUCCGAAUAAAGCAUCUUGAGCAGACUUUUGACCAACAGUUCUAAUAUGCAGAAAUGGCAGGAAUGGAAGAAGAAGAAUCACCAACAUACAGAUGAGGCCAGCGAAACGGGCGAUCCUCUCUUGAGUGAAAACGUUGAACAUCGUAUCCCUCAUCGGCACCAGCCAAGAGGAUGGGCUUCCACCAUCUGGGAUGGUCGCUAUCUCCAUGGCACCCUGUUUUUCCUCUAUACAGCCGUAUUCGUCACAGUGGUGUUCACUAUCCCUGAGGGCCUGUGUUCUGUGCGAUCGCAGCAGCCACUACCUAGUCGAUCGGGUCUGCAGUGGGAGCAAAGGAAGUUUCCUACCAAUAUAGUUGAUAAUCCUUUCGCCGGUUCUCCACGCGAUGAGCUCGAUGCAGCAUGGCAUGAACUCCUCCGAAAUGACAAUAUUCGUGUCCCUAAAGACUAUCUUGAUGAGCGAAAUCUGAACUCGGUAUAUACGAAAGACGGCAGUGAAGGUAUUGCGUCGUUGAGUGUUUAUCAUUCUCUACAUUGCUUGAAAAAAGUGAAGAAAAUGCUUUUCAAAGAACAUUAUCAUGCUGGCAAAUCGGAAGAGGCAAUGGCGCGCGAAGAGAAACAUGUUGAUCAUUGUGUUGAAUACAUCCGGGAGUCUUUGAUGUGUCAGCCAGAUCUUUCCAUGGUCACAUUCCGCUGGAUUAAUAAUACGGCUCAGCAUGAAGAUAAAUCGGCUUUCUACCCGACUAAUUUCGAUUCAGAUAUGCAUACAUGCGCGAAAUGGCAGCAUCUAGAUGCGUGGGCUGGCGAGCGAAUGUUCAAUCUUUUCGAAGUUGACCUCCUACAACGGCCUGAGUAAGCGUCGCCUCGAUAUAGUUGUAAGAAGUGUUCAAACUCGGGCACUCUUGUUCUAGUGUAACCAUAUAGGCCAAUAAUACACCACUGUUCUCCUGUGAAGCCUAGGCAUCCAUUAUCUCCCUAUAGAGAAACCCAACACCGCGGUCCACGGCACGUCCUGGUAACGGUAUCAUCGUGCCGAAAAUCGCUCCUCAUUAUCAGGCACCUCCCUCAGUCUACUAUGC